UUGAGGCUGUGUAGAUGGGAGUUGAGUCUCUGGUUGUUGAUGUUAGACAGUCGCACAAGGCGAAGCGGCUGCUGCCCGUGUUGAUUCAGCCACCUCCUCCUCUUCCUCCUCCUCCUCCUCCUCUUCCUCCUCCUGGUCUUCAGCACUGCUCCCCGCUGGACAGCUCCUGCUUGGGCACCUCUGACGCUGCAUGGUCCCUUUAAGUCUUUUAAUGGAAGUAAAACCUCUUUAUGUUUCAAGAAAUACUGGGAGUUUACAACUUCACCCACAAGAGGAAUCUACGGAUACCUCGUUUCGAGAUUCGUGGCAGGCAGUGUACCCUCGGCGGCACAAAUCACAGAUUCAUUGUUAACGGCGACUGACGAGCCGUGUGUGCACAGGCAUUCUUCUCCAGACAUUCGCUCCAAAGGUUAGGUGCAAAAACCGCGAAGCUGCUGUCUACGUGGACUGGUGCUGAAGCCUCCCGUCCGACUGCCAGGACCUCUGCCAAAUCCAGAGACAUGGCGACGAACGGCACCAAAACGGAUGGACAAGUCACAGAACUAAACGAGGUGGCCACUAAUAAUGACAAACCCAAGACACUGGACGUGAAACCCGAAAAGAAGAAAAAGGACUUGCCUGAUAGAGAAACAUGGGGGGGGAAAUUUGAUUUUCUCCUGUCGUGUGUGGGUUAUGCAAUUGGACUGGGGAACGUGUGGAGAUUUCCCUAUCUCUGUGGAAAAAACGGCGGAGGGGCCUUCUUGAUUCCAUAUUUUUUGACCCUCAUAUUUGCUGGGGUCCCCUUGUUCCUACUGGAAUGCUCCCUUGGUCAGUACACCUCAAUUGGAGGGCUUGGUGUGUGGAAACUGGCUCCUAUGUUUAAAGGUGUGGGCCUUGCAGCAGCUGUUCUAUCCUUCUGGCUUAACAUCUACUACAUUGUUAUCAUUUCUUGGGCCAUUUACUACCUGUACAACUCCUUCACCACUGACCUUCCGUGGAGCUCGUGUAACAAUCCAUGGAACACAGAGAAAUGUUAUACAAACUACUCCAUUGCCGACACCACCAAUCUCACCAGUUCAGUGUUGGAGUUUUGGGAGCGCAACAUGCAUGAAAUGACUGAUGGAUUGGAAAAACCAGGCCAGAUUCGAGUGCCACUGGCAAUAACACUGGCCAUUGCCUGGGUCCUUGUGUACUUCUGUAUCUGGAAAGGCGUUGCCUGGACAGGAAAGGUCGUUUACUUCUCAGCGACAUAUCCAUACUUCAUGCUGUUUAUCCUCUUCAUCCGUGGGGUGACUCUUCCUGGAGCGAGGGAGGGAAUUCUGUUCUAUAUAACCCCCGACUUUGAAAAGCUCAAAGAAUCUGAGGUAUGGCUGGAUGCAGCUACCCAGAUCUUUUUUUCCUAUGGAUUGGGACUGGGGUCACUUAUAGCUCUAGGCAGCUACAACCCGUUCAAUAACAAUGUUUACAGAGAUUCUAUCAUUGUGUGUUGCAUCAACUCGUGCACCAGCAUGUUUGCUGGCUUUGUAAUCUUCUCCAUUGUCGGCUUCAUGGCACACGUGACAAAGAAAGACAUCGCCGACGUAGCAGCUUCAGGUCCUGGCUUAGCUUUUCUGGCCUACCCGGAGGCGGUAACCCAGUUGCCUGUGUCUCCUCUCUGGGCCAUUCUGUUCUUCUCCAUGCUGCUCAUGCUGGGGAUAGACAGCCAGUUCUGCACUGUUGAAGGAUUCAUCACUGCUCUGGUGGAUGAGUUUCCCAGAGCUCUUAGGGGUAGACGAGAGAUCUUCAUCGCUGCUGUCUGUCUGGUGUCUUAUGUGAUCGGACUUUCAAACAUCACACAGGGUGGAAUCUAUGUGUUUAAACUGUUUGACUACUACUCUGCCAGUGGGAUGUGUCUACUGUUCUUGGUCUUCUUUGAAUGCAUCUCCAUAUCCUGGUGCUACGGUGUGAACAAGUUCUACGACAACAUCCAGGAGAUGAUUGGCUACAAACCCUGUUUAUGGUGGAAGUUGUGCUGGGUCGUGUUCACCCCUCUCAUCGUCGCUGGGGUGUUCUUGUUCAGCGCCGUACAAAUGGUUCCUCUGAAAAUGGGAGACUAUGUGUUCCCAGGCUGGGGUCAGGGAGUAGGAUGGCUCAUGGCGCUGUCCUCUAUGGUGCUCAUACCAGGAUACAUGAUCUAUAUGUUUCUCGGGCUCAAGGGAACUUACAAAGAGCGACUUCGGAUAAUGCUUCAGCCUCCCGCAGUUGUCCGGCGACCUAUGGAGAACGGACCCGAACAGCAGGCGGAAACCAACACCGCUAACCUUUCCAGCCCUGCCAAUCCGGUGAACCUCGCCAGCCCCACCAGCCCGGCUCCCGCAAACCCGGCGAGUCCCACCAAUCCGGCUCCCGUCAACUCCACCAGCCCCGUGACUCCCGCCAACCCAGCUUCCCCGCCGGCAAACCCGGCCACUGCCACUAGUCCGGUCAACCCGGCAACAAGUCCAACAAGCACUGUCGCCACCACCGCCGCCGCCGCCACCACCACCACCACCACGGCCAGCCCGGCUAACCCCAUCACCACAACUGUAAGCCCCACCAGCCCCCCGCCCAACCCAGCAAGUCCGACAGAGCCCGUUAAUCCCCCGAACCCGACGAGCCCGACCUCUAACCUGACCAACGCCGAGGCCAACGUGUAGACAACAAAGAAACCCUCAUGGAGCAUGUAGAAAAAAGAGAACAUUACAAAGGACUUCCAAGAUUUUAAUUGAUUCACCUACCUCCAGGGGCAAUAUGUGAUCAAAACAGAUUUUCGAACCAUGUUUAAUUUUUCUGCAUUUGUAAAAAAAAAAAAGAAAGAAAAAAAAGCCAACAAUGUCUUAUUGUUGGUUUGCGUUAUGAGUACAAAGUAUCAAAGACUGUUAGUGUUCACAAAUACAAACCGUAAUUCUGAAUUUAAAGAAAAAAAAAUGUAAACAUGCUGUGUAAUACUGUGAGAAAAGAAAAAAAAACCUUAGAGAUAUAGAUUAGAGAUUUGUUGAAUAUCUUCAUGAAUCAAGUAAAUACCGUGUGAAUAUAGUAGAUGAAGUAGUGAACUAAAUUGACAUCGUUGAAGAGUGCAACGGAUGGCGUCAAUUUAUUUUGUGGAUGUUUACUAAACCUCACACAGUUGUCUCUUUUCCAAACGUUGCUCUCCGUGAGGUAACCUACAGGCCACGAGACGAACGGGGGGGAAGGGGGAGGGGGGGCUCUGAGUAAGCACAAUGCCAAUAAGAUGUUCAUGUUUAAGGAGCUCGGGAGAAAUCCUGUGUUGUGUGUCGCAAAAGAUUUUGUGUGUGAGAGAGACUGUUACUUUUUUCCCUACGUUUUUUUUCUUUUUCCAGUAAAAAAAGAACAAAAAAAAGAGAGAGAGAAAACUUUUAUGUGAUCAAAACAUUUUUAGACUUAUUUUUAGGAUGUUUUAUACUGUAUGUGUCGUGAUGGAGGACCAAAAUCAAUAGGCAGACAAAAGCAAAAACUAUGCCAGUCUAGUAUUCAGUUGGCAAAGCACAGGGUACGAAAAAGUACAGCCGCGAAAAAAAAAAAAAAAAUGAAGAAGAAGAAGAAGCACAGGGUUAGAAAAGUGAUUUACAAACAUCGACUAUCCCUUAAUGCUGACAGUCAAUCCUGUUUACGUUUUGCAUGCUUUUCCUCAGGAACAUCAGUGAAAAAAAAAUUUGAGAUGUCUCCUGACAAAUAAAAAAAAAAGAAGAAGAAGAAGAAGAAGAACAGAGACGGCCUUAAGCCAACACACCAAUUUCAUCUAAGCCAUAGUCUGUUUACACGACUGGGCAAAACUACAAGAUAUCACUUUGUAUGCUCGCACAAGAACCUGGACCAACUCUGUGUUUAAGUACAGUCGCGUUCUUUUCUUUAUGUGUCCUGAUCAAUUAUACUUUGAUCAAUAUGUAUUCAGCAAUACAUAUGUUGGUGUUACAAGUGCAGGCCAGUCAGCAAAGUGGUCUGUUUCUCUUUUUUGUUUGUGUUGUCUUUGCUUUUACUAGUGAAAAAGCACAAAGCUUUAAUUUCCCCAGACUUUGGCCAUGGCGUGUUAGGACAAUGUUAGUUUGCUUCUAUGGCAGCUACCGCGAACGGCAUCUGGUUGAACAGAACAUGUUUACUUUGAAAAGCAAAGCAACUGAGCGAAAAUGUGAAAUGGCUACAGUUCAUGUCCUGUGAAUUUUGUAUAAAGUUACUCUACCACAGUUUUCUCUGGAACCUUGUUGUAAAACCGUACUGUGUGAAACAUGUAACUGUGAAUGUCUGUAAUACAUUGGAAGUUAUUGUCUAAAUGUUGAAAAAAUGGAGUUGCUGUUUUCUGCAAUAAUAUUUUGAUCACAGAAGCUAAAGCACAUAUCUUACAGAAAUAUGAUGAUGACAAUGAAGAUGCUGAUGAUUAUAUUAAAAAUAGAAACUAUGUCUAGUAAAACAAUAUUGUUUUGUAUAUUUUUAACUGUCUCACUGCCUAAUGUAAAACAUUAUAUAGACAUGAUAUGUAUCUAAAUGGUGUCACAUGAUAAAGCACGAUUGUUAUGUUAUACAAACAGAAAAAAAAAGACUGAAAAAAUAAAGAGUUAUAGAAAAUAUAAAUACAAUA